CAGCAACAUUCGAUAUUUGUGUGUUUGCAGUGAAACAGUGAAAUAAAAAUAUAGUAUAGAAAAAUGUCUGGUCGUGGUAAAGGUGGAAAAGUGAAGGGAAAGGCAAAGUCGCGUUCCAACCGCGCUGGUCUUCAGUUCCCCGUUGGCCGUAUUCACCGUCUGCUUCGCAAGGGCAACUAUGCCGAGCGUGUUGGUGCCGGCGCUCCUGUGUACUUGGCUGCCGUUAUGGAGUACUUGGCCGCUGAAGUCUUGGAGUUGGCUGGUAAUGCAGCGCGUGACAACAAGAAAACUAGGAUUAUCCCCCGUCAUCUGCAACUGGCCAUCCGCAACGACGAGGAGUUGAACAAACUUCUUUCUGGCGUCACCAUUGCCCAGGGCGGUGUUUUGCCUAAUAUCCAGGCAGUGCUUUUGCCCAAGAAGACCGAGAAGAAGGCAUAAAUUACAAGCAACUAAUAUCGUGUACAUAAAUCAACCAAAAACCCAAACGUCCUUUUCAGGACGACCAAAUUUU